CCACAAGGAGACUGCCUGUUACGCGAAUGCAGUAAGCCAAGGGCAGGGGCAUGCCCAGGCUGUGUGCGGUGUGUGGGGGCUCCAAGGGCAUUGGCAGGGCUUUAUCAAGGCUGCUGGCAGAGAGAGGCUGCAGGGUUGUUGUGGUGUCCAGGAACCAGCAUGCUGCUCAGGCCACUGUGGCAUUCCUCGAUGGAGCUGACCAUGUGGGCUUUUGUUGUGACGUCUCCAAAGGAGAGGAAGUGCAGAAGACGUUUAGGAUUAUCCUGAAGACCUGUGGAAACCUCUCAUACCUGGUCAAUGCAGCUGGCACCAACAGGGAUGGUCUGUUACUGUGGACCAGGCUAGAAGACAUGGUGGCUAUGCUUCAUACCAACCUACUGGGGAGCAUGUUGAGCUGCAAGGAAGCGCUACGGAGCAUGCUCCACACUCAGGGAGGGGCCAUUGUCAACAUAGGCUCUGUGGUGGAGUUGAAGGGGAACGCAGGUCAGUGUGUGUACAGUGCCAGUAAAGCGGGUCUGGAGGGCUUCACUCGCUCUCUGGCCAAGGAGGUGGCCUCGCGAAACAUCAGGGUUAACUUGCUGGCUCCAGGUUUCAUCGGGACAGACAUGACAGCGGGGCUGGGGGAGUAGUGGAUAAACAUUGUGCCUCACUGGAGAGUGCUGCCCAGUCCCCUAGUCCCCUCACACAGCUGGUACUCACCAGUCACAUACAUUUACAUGCCAUUAGAAGCCUUCAUGGAUCUGGCGCAUCUGUGCUCAGCUGCUGUCUGCCAUGUGAACUGUAAUCAUUGUGAUGUCAUUUAACCUAAGAUCAAGGUGGAGACAAUUGAAACCUGGGAUCAAGGUGAAAUAUAAUCCAAUAAGCUUUUUCAUUAAAGAAUGGAAUUUUCCCUGUGAUGGAUAAUAUGGCUGCUGAGUACAUUGGUGUGGAAUUGAUUUGUCCAGGGUCUCCUUACUCAACAUAAACACGGUAACUCCAGACUUUGA